CCGCUAACUUCCAGAAAGCCCUUUUCAGCGACGCUCUUCAUCUUUGCUCUGCUUUCCCGAUUGGUUGACAUUCUGGUGACGCCACGGUAGGCGGGCUGUGAGAGGAGGAAGCAUUGACUCAACGGGCUUGUUUUGGGUCUUCAGCACCACUUUUGUUUUCCCGCGCGGGAGGGCACGACAGACGAAUAACUGUUUCCUGGUGGCAAGCUGUUUGGUCUCGCUGGCCUGGUCGGCCGGUCGCGUCCCUCAGUGCUGAGGGAAGGGCAUGCCGAAGCGCUCUUGCCCGUUCGGGGACUCUUCCCCAGUGCAGCUGAAGACCCGUGUGAGGCUGAGGGAGUUGAGCCAGGGCGUCAUGGGCGAGCGGUAUCGGCACGAAAUCUUCGAGAAAACAAAGCAGCUGCUCUUCAGAGGUGCCCAAGCUUAUAUGGAUAAUAUAUGGAAUGGCAGCACAGGAGGAGCCUGCCUAACUGCACAGUAUCCAGAGCCACUUGCGGACAGACCAGAAGAUUGUUCUCGGCAUAGCUGUAGUGGACAAAUGUUAAUUGGGCAGGAUGGAAAACUUCUGCAGCCUUGUGCAAGAGAAAGAGACCUGCCAGUAGAAGUUUCAAAGGCCUGCUCCUCAUGCGUAAGAACAGUUGACGUCAAAGAAGCUUGCACGCAGUGUGAUCGGUACAUAUGCCAGAAUUGCAGCAAAUUGUGCAGCUGCUGUAAUGUUGUUGCUUGUUCCUUGUGUUCUGUUACAGAAUCUGAUGAUGUUGGUGGACGAAUCCUUUGCAACAGCUGCUCAAUGUUUGAGGACUAAAAUUCUUGAAGUGGCAGGACUACAUUUUAAGAUUGCCUGUAAAGAACCUUGUUUUUUUAUAUAGGUGGACAAAUCCACACCCCCUCCUGUGUGACAUGUUUGCCCCUUUGUAAAAUAUUGUAUAGUUCUUCAACUGUAGUUUUAACAGAAUAAACAUUUUCUAUGA